UGAGUCAUUUAUCUUUCACAGCCUCACCCUCGGGAUGAUGUCUAGGCUUGCGAAGUAGUUUCUGAGCUCUUUAUAAGAGCAUCCUUUGGCCAGAAGUCAGAUAAAGACUGCUGUGUUGUUUUCGGGGUGGCGUUGGACACUUACAGAAACAAUGAGUGCACCUAAAUCCAAGAGAAGCGAGGUGAGAACCAACCGCUUACUGAACGGGAGAGAGCAGGAGUUCGUAGCCAGCAGGAGGAACGUUAUCCUGCAGAACCUGAGGAAGCUUCAGAUUCAGUGCAGCCAGAGAGAGGUGCCGAACAUAGCGUUACUGGGUUCUGGAGGAGGACAGAGAGCCAUGGUGGGUUUACUGGGAUGCCUGGAUCAGCUUGAUAAAGCGGGUCUUCUGGACUGCAUCCUUUAUCUGAGCGGAGUCUCUGGAUCCACCUGGUGCAUGGCUUCAUUAUACAAAGAACAAAACUGGUCCACCAAACUAGAGACCGUGAAAGACAACAUCGUCAAGAGACUCAGCGGUCCAGGAGUCAGCUGGGAGGAGCAGUUCGCCAAAUUGAAGAAAUAUUAUUCUGAGAAAGUCUUCUUCAACUUGACCGACUUCUGGGCGGCGAUAGUUGUAACAUCGUAUGUGAAAGAGAUCGACGAACACACGCUGGCAGAGCAGUGGAGCAAGAACAGCAGAGAUCCGUUUCCCAUCUACACGGUGAUCGACAAGCAAUGCAAACAGAGCAAUGACAAAGACCUCUGGUUCGAGAUCAAUCCCUACGAAGCGGGUUACUCCCUCACCGCGUUCGUGGACACCUGCGACUUCAGCAGCCAGUUUGAGAACGGCUCCAAGAAAAACCACCAGGGGCAAUUCGACAUGCUGUACCUGCAAGGUCUUUGCGGCAGCGCUUUUGCAGACGGACAGCAGAACAAAGAAGAAAUCUUAAAAUGGAUUUCAGAAUUCUUUCAUAAAAAAGAAAAAAUACUCGAGGCCAUGAGGAAAGAGCGGCCUGAGAGGGAACACGAAGAGACGACUUUUGAGUUUGUUGGUAAACAUCCGGCCCCCCCUUCUGAAGAGAAAUAUUACCAGGUGCUCGUGGAUCUCGCGGACAUGAACCUCGCCGCUUUGAACGGCAAAGACACUUCGGGUUUCGACAGAUCCAUCAAUGCAAAUUUGAACGAUCUCUCCGGAGGCAGAGAUCAGGACUUUUGUUCACUUAAAAAAGUGGAAACCUUUGAAGAGAGCACAGGAGAUGAAAAGCAGGACAUAAAGAGUUUCACUACGGAAGUGUGCAACAAUUUGAGCGGUCGGAUCAACUUCUGGCUAUUUAAGGCCGGGAUUAGCAUUUUUAGAUGCUUGAAUGAUUGGAUCUGGGGCCGGAAAUAUAACUUCCUCCACAACAUGACAGGCGGAGACGUGCCCCCCGCUCUUAGCAAAGACGAGACGAGAGACUACGAAGACGCCGGACUGAAGCUGAACUCUCCGUACUUCUCCGUGCUGAGAAAGGAAAGAGACGUCGACCUCAUCAUUUCCCUGGACUUCAGCCAAGGAGAUCCUUUCAUGACAGUGAGGGAAGCUGCUAAAAUGUGCAAAGAAAAAAACAUCCCUUUCCCCGAAGUCAACACCGCUAAUGAAGACAAGGACAAACCCAAGGACUUCUACGUGUUUAAAGGCAAAAACGCUCCCACCGUGAUUCACAUCCCACUGUUUAACAAGGUCAACUGCAGAGAUGAGGUGAUGAAGUGGCGGGGAGAUUACAGCACCGUUCAUAAAAGCUACAGCGCCGAGGAGAUCGCUGCUCUCAUGAAGGUCGCUGGAAAAAACAUCUCAAACAACAAAAAUAAACUGACGGAGGAGAUUCGAGCGGCCAUUGGAAAGAAAAGAUCCGGUCGCUUUAUGAAUCUCAUUGAGAAAUGAGUGAACUGAUCUGCAUAUUUCACAUAAACGGUCUUUAUUUCUUUUGCAUUUAUCAUAAUUUUGUCUUAAUCAUGUCAAAAUGUUUUCUUUACGCUCGGCUUAGAGGAAGGGCCAGGAGAAAAACAACAUCUCCAGUAUUUCGAGUUUGCAAAUCAACCACAACAGGCUGCAUCACAUCUGUGAUUAAAAAGAAAGUAUUAUGUUGCUCCUGUUCGAUUGAAUUUGUAAACUUGCAAACUAGCAUUAUGGUCCUUAAAGCUAAUCGAUCAAACAUUUUAUUUUUUACGUUACUUUUUGUCAACCAAAACUGGGCUUGCUUGGUAUUUUUAAUAAAAAAUUGGUACUUUUGGCAACUGAUUUGGCAACCUUUCACCCCAAAAGUGAAACUGACACGACUCAGGGUUGAAGAAAAGGCCUCUGCACUUAAGAUUUUUCUCAACAUGGGGACAGAAGAGGUAUCAGACAAUAAACAGUAGAGAAAAGUAACUUGCAUUACUUGAAAAAGUAACUUGGAUAUUUUCUUGCAAAUUUAAAAUGAAUGCAUUACUUUGCUAGUUACUUGGAAAAAAUGAUCUGAUUAUGCAUCUCACAUUGUUUUGCAGUGAUUGCAUCAAAAAAACCUCUAUAAAAUUAACUUGAAUUAUUUGUAAUGCGUUACA